UAAGUACGUAGAGAUAUUAAGUAUAAUAUGAGAUUUCUCUCUUUGUCAGUUGAGGAAUGCCUUCAGGAACAUGUUAUUGUAUUUAUACAUGAAAACCAAAAUGGAAGUAAAUGUUUAGAAAAAAAACCCAGGUUGUAUGACCAUCUCCUAACCCUGUUCCAUUUAGAUCACAUGGUUCCUACUCAGUUUAGAACGCCCACAGCAGCCCCACAAAGAAUAAUCUUCCUCUGCCUCUUCCCAGAUACUGGCCAUUUCUGGGUCACUAUGAAGGUCUGUAUCUGCUUCAAGAGAUCUGAGCUUAUUAUGGUAUUCCUAAGCUCUUUAGCACUGAGAAGAUACCUGUUCAGGGUCUUCUUUUAAAGAAAUGGCCUAGGACUGGUCUCUGUGGCCAAAACAAGUCUCCAAAGGGAUCAUAAAGAACAUAGCCUGAAGACCCCUCUACAACACUCAGUGCUUUUUGUUUUACUAAGAACUAUUCCAGAAAUGAUUUAUAUUGAUCUCUAAAUAGAGAUCCUUUUUUUGAGAUUGACAGGCAUUCUCAUCCCACUUUUCUGUGUGGAGAUUUUAUAGGUAAAGAAAAUAAGGCUAAGAAAUUUAAGAGAUUUGCCUAAGAUUGCACAAGUGGAAAAGCUAGAUUCUGACUCUAUGUCCUGCAUUCUUUCCUUUCUUCUAAACUGGCUUCAUUUUCUCCAUUUGUAAAGACUGUUUGUUCAAUUUGUAAUCUCAUUUUUAAUUUUAUUUCUUUCCUCUCACAGUUUUAGAACUUUUUCUGGAAAAGACAUUGGGAUUGCGUGUACCCCAUUCAUUCCAGGUGGUAGCAGACAGGAGUGUAUCCCAGCUCCAGGAGUAGAACCUGACUGUUCUAAGCCAAUUGGAGCCUGUCUUUCUGGGUACAGUGAUUGGCUCAUGGAUGGGCCCAUGACCCAAGUUGGUCUCUAGAGAAGCUCAGGACUUUUGUUUAAUGACUAAAGAAGAAAGGCCCUCUCGUACCUGUUAUAAAUAAAGAAGUUUGUAACAUGAGAGCAUUUGGCAGCCAUCCUAUGGCCAUGAAGAGAGGCAGACUUCUACCACAUGGAAGAUAGACUUGAGAUAUGGGCAUAAACUAAGUCUUUGGUGGUAGCAUUGACUUUCUGGGUCAUUCUAACCAAAAGCCUUUCCUAUUAUAGUUACAUGAGCCAAUAAAUUUCCCCUAUGAUUAAAACCAGUUUAGGUUAUCUUUUCUGUUACUGCAAACAAAAGCAAGUUAACUAACACAUCACGUAAUUUAACAUCAACAGUAAGUUUAAUAAGCAUAUUCUGUUUUAUGUUAUCUAAGUUGUCAGUAAAGCUGUUGAAGAGAUAGCAACAUUGUUUCCUAGAACAGGGGAAAAUAUAAUGACAUUUGUUUUAUAAAAGAACUUCAAAGUACGUAGAACAUUGUGAGAUAUUUAACUGAUGAUUCAUAGACAAUAAUGCCACACUCUCUGCACACCUGUCAGACCAACCCCUAUUUGGUCUGGUACUUGGUAUUUGGGCCUACCUUGCCUCUUUCAAAUAUUUUAUUGUCCUCCUGGCUCUUAGGGUCUGGAUCUCUGCUCAGCUCCCUAUGCUACCACCUUGCCACUCAGACUUGGGUCUGCCAUAGUCCCCAGUUCAUUUUCAAUUACACCGAAACUUAGUUCUCUCAAAUCUCAUUCCAUACUAAUGACCAGCACACUGCCUUCUCAGGUGAAACUAAUUAAGCUACUCAUGCAUCUGUUCGGAUUCACUUAACAAAAAUGUGUUGACCAUGUGUUGUAUUUGUCAAAUUUCUUAGUUGCAAACUGGAAAAAUCUACUCUAGCUAAUUUAAGCAGCAUAGAAUUUAUUAAAUGUAAAGAAUCUCAAGAAAAUUUAGAAAACUGGGCAUAGAUACUACCCAGGUGGCAACGAGCAACCAGGAGAUGCAUCUAACCACACCACUAAACUGCUCUGCAAAACACUACUAUUAUCCCCACUUGGUAUUUAGGACAUUAAGUCCUAGAUUCCAGAACCUUCCUUGCAGCUGUCUCAGAAGAACCAGAUGCCUCUGUUACCAUACUCUUCUAAAAAUCUGAUCUUCCUCAUAGCCAUCACCUCUCCUUACUUACCUUCAAAUCUUACAUAGGAGUGUCAUCUGCUUGAGAGAGCUAGGUCUCAUGCAAAAUGUGAGUUGUAAGAGAGACUAGGAAAUGUAGUUUUAUAGGAAAUAAAACUAGAAUGGGGAUUGUCAUGAGAGCUGAGGGAGAUGAUUUAGUUUCUGCCACACGUACUGGCUGCUGGGCACUGUUCUAGACAGUGGGAGGUGGUGGAAGCUGGGGAGGAAAGAAUAAGAGAAACAAAGACCCUAGCCUUGUGGAGAGAAAGUCUGGUGGGGAAGCAGAUAACUAACAACUAAAUAAAUAAAAUUUCAGUUAGUGAUAAGUACCAGAAGAAAAAGAAAAUGGAGUAACAGCCUGAAGAUAAGUGUGUAACCUUUGAUAGCGGUUUCAGAGAAAGCCCUUGUGAAGAAGUAAAAUAUGAGCAAAGACUCGAAUGAUGAGAAGCUGUAUGAAAAUCUUGGCAAGAGCAUUCCAGGAGGUCAUGAGUGCCUGUGUUGAAUGCUUACUCCACUCGGAAAUCAAGUUAUCAUUGCCCUUUCAGAAAAACACCGUUUACACAUUCCAUAUAGAAACUCCAUGAUGACUAGUGUCCUAAGAGACAGUUUGGGUGGGAACUGCAUGACGACCAUGAUUGCAACACUCUCUUUAGAGAAAAGAAACAUUGACGAGUCUAUAUCCACCUGCAGAUUUGCACAACGAGUGGCUCUCAUAAAGAAUGAAGCUGUUCUUAAUGAAGAAAUUGAUCCCAGAUUGAUGAUUAUACGCCUACAAAAGGAAAUCCAGGAACUGAAGGAUGAACUGGCCAUUGUCACUGGGGAGCAGAAGACAGAGGCGCUCACAGAAGCAGAGCUCCUUCAGCUGGAAAAACUAAUUACAUCCUUUCUGGAAGACCAGGAUCCAGAGAGUAGACUAGAGGUUGGAGCUGAUAUGCGUAAAAUUCAUCACUGUUUCCAUCAUUUAAAGAAACUAUUGCAUGACAAGAAGAUCCAUGAAAAGAGCACAGUGUCCUCCGAAAUCAAAGAUCAAAACUGCCAAGAACCAUUAAAAGAAGAAGAAUAUAAAAAGCUAAGAGAUAUUCUACAGCAGAGAGAUAAUGAAAUCAAUAUUCUGGUCAAUAUGUUAAAGAAGGAAAAGAAGAAAGCUCAGGAUGCUCUUCACUUAUCUAGCAUGGAUAGAAAUGAAUUCAGACACUCACAGAGCUCACCUUUCCCACCCGGGAACCCAGAAGGUCCGAGGACUUUGCCAUCCUCAGCUCCCACGCAAGUCCAUGACUCCAGCGCUGUUGGGUACAGAUCCAGUUUGCUCCACAGAAAAACAGAGAUGAGAGAGGAAAUGUCAUUAGGACGCCAGGAGGCUUUUGAAAUCUUCAAGAGGGACCACGCUGACAGCGUUACUAUCGAAGACAACAAACAGAUUCUAAAACAGAGAUUUUCUGAAGCAAAGGCCCUGGGGGAAAAUAUAAACGAAGCAAGAAGUAAAAUUGGUCGCUUGAAGGAAGAAAUCACCCAGCGGCAUCUGCAGCAAGUAGCUCUAGGUAUCUCAGAAAACAUGGCCGUGCCCUCGGUGCCAGACCUGCAGGAAGAGAAGCUGCGAUCACAACUGGAGGAAGAAAAGAAAAGGUAUAAAACAAUGUUCACACACCUGAAGGCCCUGAAGGUGGAGAUUGAGCACUUGCAGCUGCUCAUGGACAAAGCCAAGGUGAAGCUGCAGAAAGAGUUUGAAGCCUGGUGGGCAGAGGAGGCCACCAGCCUGCAGGUAGACACUCCAGCAGUGAAGUCACUCAAUCUCACGAAGCCCUUUCACCAGGCGCCUGAAUCCCUGCACGAAAGGCCCCAGCUUCUCUCUAACAAAAGUGAUGUGAAUGCCAGGAAAAUCCUGCCCUCACCUUGUCCCAUUGUGUACAGCCAGGAGCAGAACAGCACCAGUGCCUCCCUGGAUGACAGCAUCCCUAAGAGACCAACGUCAUCCAUCCCUCUCACCGGGGACAGCCAGACAGACUCUGACAUCCUGGCAUUCAUCAAGGCCAGACAGAACAUUCUUCAGAAGAAAUGUUUCCAGUAAGCGUCCAGCCGUGCAUUGUGGCAGGAAGAACAGAGUACAGAUGAAGGUGCCUCCUCUCACACACCCUGGCUUCAAAAGUGAUCUGAAUGGAGGGGUCUGUAUUUCUUUAGGAAUAGUGUCCUGGAGGCUAUCAGUGAGGACAGGGCCACCUUUGCUGUGGAUGCUAGAGCUAGGGGCAGGAUGGGGGCUUUAGCUCACUCUUGCAGUGGUGUUUCUAAUAGAUAAUGAUAAACCUUUGAGAUUAUGAAAUAGUCUCAUCAUAAUGUAGUAUCAGAGGAUGCUCAUACUGGUAGAAUAGGGGGAAAUAAUAAUCUGUUAUUUUUAGCCAUUUAUCAGCCACUUUCCUGCCCUAUCCCCUGGUUUAGAAGCCCAAGAAUGGCUGGGGCAGGCCAGGAAAUAGGUCAGAGCCAAAGACAUGGCAGUGGAAUACAAGGCAUCUUAAUGGCCAGUCCUAAUCUCUGGGAACAAAUCCUCCACCAUCACCCUCAUACCCAGAUGACCAGUAGGCAGUGCCUGAAUGAGCUGUAUCUCCAGGGAGCCACCCACCCUGCAGUGCCUAAGGACAUCACAGCACCCAGAGAACAGUGAUAGCUCCUAGGAGCUCUGCACUAUGGGCACCUUAGGCUUCACACUCUCACCCAGCCACUUGGGGCUCUGCAGGAUUAGAGCCAGUACUCCUCAUUCCCACCAGGAAAACAUAGCUACUGGGGGUCUCAUCUUAGUGAGCCUUCCAGCACUUCAGGCCCAGGCUCCAUAAUGCAGAUACAGCCAAGGGUGAGCCAGCCCUCAGGAGGCCCUAGGAGAAAUGCCUCCUGCAGCUGAGUGGUGGCAGCAAAGUUCCAAGCCAGCCAUAGUUGAGGAUGAAGAGUUAAGGCAGGGGAAGAGGAUCAACACCUGGAAAUGAACUUACUAAAUAAAAGUGCUUGUCCACUGA